CAAACCCGUAGACUUGCUUCUGCUGUCCGCCAGACACUGACUGCCCUGGGAUCACCACCGCUAAAUCAGAUACGUCCAACAUAGAAUCGACCUCGUCCCGUCUCAUCUCCUAACCCCGACUGCUUAGGACAAACGCUGGAAUCGACGCGCGUAACACUCCCGGUGCGCGAUAAACUACUGCUAAAAAUCACUUAUCGCCUCAACCGGAUAACCUCUAUCAAGGUUUCUGGUAGCAUUCACCGGCGGACCAUCCAGUCCGUAAGCCGUCUUUUUACUUCCCGGACUCAGCUCUGCCUCACCCGGGCUGGCAUAAUCCCACGUCCAAUACCCCAAAACUGCUGUCGCGGAACCUGCCCACAUACUCAGAGCUAGCCGGAUAUUUUCGUUCAGCACCGCGAUAAUGUCUCUCAGCCAGAACCGGUUGCAGGAGGAGCGCAAACAAUGGCGCAAGGACCAUCCCUUUGGUUUCUACGCAAAGCCGCAACGGACGGAGAACGGCACGCUGGACCUCAAGGUGUGGGAAUGUGGUAUCCCGGGCAAGGAAAAGACCAUAUGGGAAGGCGGUCUUUUCAAGAUGACGAUUACGUUCCCGGAGGAGUACCCAACUAAGCCACCCAAAUGCAAAUUCGUGCCGCCGCUGUUCCAUCCCAACGUCUACCCGUCAGGCACCGUAUGCCUGUCCAUUUUGAACGAGGAGGAGGCGUGGAAGCCCUCCAUCACCGUCAAGCAGAUCCUCAUCGGCGUCCAGGAUUUGCUCAACGACCCCAACCCUGAGUCACCGGCUCAGGCAGACGCAUACAACCUUUUCAAAAAGGACAAGGUCGAGUACGAGAAAAGGAUCAAGAGGGUCGUCAGGGAGAACCCAGCCCCUUGAGCCAGAAAUCGAGUUGGCUCUCUUUCCCCAAGAGCAAACUCAAGCUUGGACUACAGAAAAAAACGAAAGCGAGAUUGCUGGAUUUGGCGAUAUGAACAUUUUUACAGCGGCGUUCCGGAAUACCAAUGACAAGGGCAGGACAACUUGAGGCGUUGUCUCGUGUUUGUCUAUUUAGAAGGAGAAAAUGAUGAUACUAAUGGGCUAUGGACUAAAUUAUGGAAUUUCGAAUGUUUACGAGAUGCCAGGAUCAGCCAAGAGCUGUUCUGCCGUCACUGGUUGUGGUGAGAAAGGCAACUGAUUUGGUUGAGUGGGAUAUGACUCCCACGAAAGCUGAAGAAGGCCGUUUUCAGAAGGUUGCGACAGAUAUGCAAGGAUGGGGGGCUUGGUGGAAGAUAUUGCAUUGUAAUCAGGAUUGUAGAAAUCACUGAAUUCCGACCAUUUAGGUAGACUUGGAAAACACCAAAGUCAAGAAAAGUGGCGAGAGAAGAAAAAUUCAUCAAGUCGGAAUAUAUCAAAUACCAAAAGCUUUUCAAGUGGAUA